AUGGCGCAGGAGUUUGUUAUCCGCGCCAGCGGCGUCGACAAGGCCGCGUUCAAGCACCUGGUUGCUCGGUUCCCGCUUGAUUUUCGCCCAGACCCACGCUCGGAGGAGACGGCGAACGCGCCAGACCUCAAGCGGCCGGGCGAGAGCUGGGUGAUGGGCCAGAUGGAGGAGGUGGAGGCCAAGCCAGGCACCCGCGGCCUGCCGGGGCAGUGGGUGCUAGAGGAGCAGUCGGGGCGUCCUCGGUUCGAGGGGCAGCCCGAGCGCGGGAUGCGCGACACAGGCGCCGGAUACUUCCUGCUGAUGAAGGGCAAGGGCAACGAGUUCAUUGCGGCGCCGGUGUCGGAUGUGUUCACCUUCAAGCCCGCCCUGCAGCGCCGACACCAGAGCCUGGAAGACGCAGAGGCAGCGAUGCAGGCGCAGCGGCUGCAGCACGAGAAGGCCAACCCUCGGCUGGCACGGGCGGUGGGGCGGGACGAGGGCGACCCGCUGGCCAUUCUGCGGGAGGAGGACGAGGCGGAUAGCGAUGAGGAAUGGAAGGGGAUCAAGGAGCGUGCGGCGGCGAGGACGGUGGUGAAGGCGGCGCCGCAGCAGCAGCAGCAUCAGCAACUGCAGCAGCGCAAGCAGCAGGCCGCCGCAGCCGGCGGCGGCGGCGAGGAGGAGCGGCCCGAGGAGGACCACGCCGAGCGCUCAGAAAAGGGCGAGGAUUGGGAGCACGAGGAUGUGGCGGCGGAUGAUGACCUGGACAUGGGGGAGAGCGAGGAGGAGGCGGAAGCGGGCAGCCCCGUGCGCAAGGGCGGAGCCGGAAGCGACAGCGAGGAGGAGGGCGGCGCGCUGCAGCCGGAGAAGGCCAAGCGGCGGCUGAAGCGCAUGAUGCGGGAGACGGGGCUGGAGGACAGCGAGGAGGAGGGCAGCGAGGCAGGCGCCGCGGCGGAGCAGGGGGCCAAGCGGGCGCGCACAGGCGCCGCGCCGCCUGCUGGUGCAGCGGCGGCGGCCACUGCAGAAGCGGCCGGCGCGCUGGCUGCAGCGGCUGCCGCCCGGCCCGCGGCGCCGACCUCGGUGCCGGCGGCCAGCGGCGGCACCGUUACGGCAGAGGAGCUGAAGCAGCUGCUGCGCUCCAAGGGGCGCGUCCUGCUCUCCGACCUGACUGCCAUGUACAAGUCACGCCUGACCACAGAGGGGUACAAGGAGUUUGUGGCUCUGGUGAAGCAGGUGGCGCGCAUGGAGCCCGGCACCAAGUACCUGGUGCUCAAGGACUGA